AUGAUGGACGACCAAAAACAAGCCAAAUCUAUGAACUUUAUUAAGAUCGGCGGGGGCAAAUCUGACUCGAGUAAUAUCUCAGACAAUUCAUCGUCUUUAAAGCUGCAAUCACCACGAGAGAUCAACGAGUGCGCGAUGCAUAUGCCUGGAAGCACAGAAAAAUUUAAUUGUCAACAGAGAGAACCGCCAUCACAACCUUUGAGCUCAGAUGAAGUAAGAAUAAAGAUGAGCGUUGAAGACAUUGCUCAAACGAUCGCGAGUCAACUGGAUGGACAAAACGAGAACAACGCGACAUUCCUUUGUCUAGAGGGAAUAAUCACAGAUGGCGAAAGUGACAGUUCAAGACGCAGGAUAUUUAGUAAAAAGAAAUCGUACUGGAAAGCACGUCUCAGUAAGAUUGUUCAACAAGCACUGAAGAUGUGUGGAUUAGCUGCCGUGGCGUCUAUUGCAGUCCCAUUGAUUGCUGGUAAAAAAAUUUUUAGUCGUAGUAAGUUCUAUUUUUGUAAUUCUGCAUAGUUAUUUCACUUCUCGUAGCAUGAUUUCCUUAUCGAUAAACUACUUUUUCAAAGUUUGUCCUUUUCGCACAUGGUUAAAACGUGUUUGACAAGGUUUGCGUUCAAAGUGAGCAUCUAAAAAUUUCGUCAAAUCUUUCGUUUAUUGCCCUCAAACCAAUUUCAUUUGAAGAGAUUUUUUUUCAUAGAGACAAUCUGUAUCUAACGUGAUAAAAAUUGGGAACCGACCAUUUGACUUUUGAGGGGGGGUAUGGGUGAUUUUGUUUUGGUAAGAUUAUUUUCCCAAACCUCUGUGAUAGAAUUUUUUUUCCUGACAAACAACGAUAGGAAUUUUUUUCCAGCAUCAUACGCGACGAAGGUUUGUUUUCAAACCGAAACACUGGGCAAUUUGUUUAAAUAUAUAUAAUAUAUAUUUUUUACUCUUUUGUUUUUACUUCUUCAUCGCCUUGUCGUAAGGAUCAGUUUGCCGUUUCAUAUUUUCCUAAGAGAGAGAGCCUCGGAACGAGUUUGCCAUCGUAUUCACUGAAUACGUGUGGUUCCGUGUGGACAGAAGCUGUAUCCGGAAAGAAAAAGUUGAGGAUUCAAAAUUAUCGGGUUACGUGUGGACGGGGCUUAAUUAUAUUUAUAGCCCUUGAAAAGUGUAAAAAAAAAGACUGCGAAAUUGUUUAAACUAUUCAGGGACAGGGUUUUUGUCCACUGAAAAAUGAAUUGAAAUUGGUCAAUUUCCUGGAAGAUUCUGUCUAAAUUUUUUAACGAGUCGAAGUUAUCUUCUUGAGCUGGGGUUUCGAAGAAAAUCGGGUAGACUAGAAAUCCCGCGCCUUCCUCAACAAAUAUAUUUAAUGGUUUUGUUUUUAAAAAGUCAACCAAAAGAAUUACUGAACUAAUUUUUUCUGCUUAGGUCUUGGCACGGAUUGCACAGUCCGCCCACUCUCAGUUUUGUCAGGACUGAUAAGACGCGGGCUCAAAAAUUUAAAAAAAAAUGUUCAUAAAAUAUUGUUUCUUUUAGGUGGUGGUGUGCUGACCAUCGUUGUUGCUGGUGUAGCUGGUAUUGUUAGUGUCCCUGUACUUUACGGUCUAAACAAGUAUCGACGAGACGUACCCUUAGAUCGAGACCCAUAUCCUUAUUCUUUUGUUGUGGAAGAAAUUUUCAAAUUGUGUCAAUCUCUCGCUACAAAACUUGCGGCUGCUAGAUUCCUGAGAAAAGACUGUGGCUUGGAAUGCAACAUUGGUCGUAAGGUCCCUGAUGAAGAGGAAGCCAGGGAUUUGGACGCGGAUGGAAGCAGUGCAAACGAUACUUAUACUCAGUCCUUUUCCGAGCACGAAAAUGGCAGCAGAGAUGACCUCUCCGGUCACGUUUCUGCGGAGAAUGUCAGUGAGACAGAUAAUUAUAUUCAGACAGUUGUUUUGAAGGACGAAAUUAAUACAGCAAUAGCCAAAGACAUCGGCAAUCAGAAAAAGUUAGACGUCUUCACAGGCAAUGCCAACGAGACUCCGCCUUACUCAUGUUCUGGAAGAAAGGAACUGGGCUCUCCAACCAGUGAUGUCGUCAAGGUAACAAUACAUCCUUUAACCUUUGAUGAGACAAGUGUUAAACACAACACUCCUGUCGAGCUUUCUUCAGAGAAGGAACCUCAUGAAGAAAGACAAGCAGAUAACGUACGAGAAUGUGAACACCAGGGUGAUUCACGAACAGAACAGCAAACAAGAGGUCAUGCUGACGAGCCAAAUUUCAGUCUGUCAUUAUCUAACCAGGUAGCUGGUUCCUUUGAGGUCUCACAAGAUACGAGUUGUAACAAUGAAAUGCCGGCUUUAUCAGAAAUGGAACUGCUGACUGAGGACUCAAGUAUGGAAGAUGAAGAUUGUAGUGAAGUUGAUGAAAAGGAAUCUGGCGGUGAGACAGCGUCAAAGAUUGCAGAUGGUAGGCAAGCUCUUUCUGAUGAAGAAGAUUUGUAUGGUCGCCGAGAUGUGCAGUCCAUUUUACCGAGAAAAUCAACCUCCGAUACUUUUUGCUGUGUUAGAGAACCCAACGUUGCAAAUGAGAAAUUUGCGAGAUUUAGUCGUCAUAAUCAUUACGAGGUAGACACAAACCAAACCUGGGGUUUAUUGGAGCCAGGGGGGAACAAUGAAGUUAAAACAAAUAUUCGGAUUCAGAUUCAGAAAGAUGAGAAAGGAGAAACCGAUGGUCAGUGGCAUGAUGGAGAGGAAAAGCCUUCUGAUAAAGAAACAAAAAGGGCAAGACGUCGCCGCAAACGAAGAAACAAUAAGCGAGUCACAACUGCCAAUCAUCAAGAUUUGACGGCAGGUGAAGUAAGUGACGAACUGGGUAAGAAUAAGCAAGAGCAAUUAAAUUCCAAUGUCAGCAAGAAAGCUAAAAUUGUGCAGAAUACCUCUCAAAAUGCAGGAGAACUACAAGGCAAAACAACAACGCCCAAAAAAGGUAAACAAGCCGCAAAGACAGCAGCUACCCCCAAUGAAAACGAAACUAAGAUCGCACAGGGAUUUACAGAGAAAACGUCAAGAAAAAAGAAAGACAAAACUAAAAAGGACCCGACCGUGAAACAUGAACUUCAGCCUAACACACCAAAGUUAAAUAUUUCUGGUUUAUCGACAACGAAAAAUGCUGACGUUUCCAAUAGCCCCAACCAGGAAGAGAAACCACAGGCCGGUGACAACAACAGUGGUGGUGGGACCCGUGUGACGAAGAUUAUGGUCAACAAGCAAGAUAAAGACGAGGAUGAUGAAGAUAUGGAUGUUGUAGCACUUUACGAUGAUAUAGAUUAG